UAAGCUUGACACAUACAAGUCUCUCAUGCUCCAUUGUAUUAGUAGCCAAAAAACCUUUGACCUUUUGACCAUCACUGCACCGCGCCUCAUGCCAUAUAAGUUAGCUGCUCUCUCCACCUCUGCGUCUCCCCCUCCGCCAUGGUCCCCGUCAACACCAAGUCCUCCUCCACCCAGAGAACCUCCUCCUUCCUUGCUCACUCCACAAACCGCUCCGUAUGCUUCCUCGCCAUCACCUUCAUCACCCUCCUCCUCCUCCUCUUCCUCCUCCAGAUCGAAACCCUCAAGUCCUCCCUUUCCUCCUCUUCCUUCUCCUGGCCUUCCUUCCAGUUGCACAUGGACGAGUCCCCAUGUCAUGAUGCCACGGCGGAGCUCAACCGCACUCGUUCCAUACUCCGCGACUUGGUCACCUUCCUCCCACUCAAGGAUGUAAGGGUCUCCGAGAAUCCGAGAUCAGGCCGCACUUGGUUCAUGAGCUCCAUGAAUGAUACAUUCGAGGCCGACGACGACGCCCAGCACCUUUACUUCCCGUCGCAGGCGUCAAACGGGCGGCUGCUAUGCCUCUCGGCCCGCGACGUUUCCGAUGGAGCCAAGAACUCGUAUGCAUUAGCAUGGCGCGAGGCACUCCCACGCGACGCCACGCUCCUUCCCGGACUAACCUUCAUCUCCGACACCUACUACGAUCACGGCAACCUGUGGCAUGGGAUAUCGGCCAUCACGCCAUUCGUGUCGUGGUACCAGCGGAAGCAGUGCGCGGCUCCCGACCGCUGGGUGCUGUUCCACCGGGGCGAGCUCAGGACUCGAAUGGGCGGAUGGGUGCAGGCCGUGGCGGAGGCGGCGAUCGGAGAGGUGAGGAUCGAGGACUUCAAGGAGUACGGCGACAGACCGUCCUGUUUCGAGCAGGCGGCGGUGUUCAGAUACGAGGGGGCGAUGAAGAAGACGAGGAAGCGCCAGGUGUACGACAUGAUGCGGUGCAAGGCCAGAUCUCGCUGCGGCGUCACGGCAGAAGCCGUGGGUUCCAAGGCCGCCGUUCGCAUGACGUUACUGCUUCGACCGGGGUCGAGGUCGUUCAAGAACGAGUCGGCGGUGAUCCGUAUCUUCGAGAGGGAGUGCGAGAAGGUGGAUGGGUGCACCGUCAAGGUCGCAUGGAGCAACAAAAUGACGUUCUGCGAUCAGGUGAAGCUAAUGAGCGAGACGGACGUCGUGGCUUCUCCCCACGGAGCGCAGCUGGCGAACUUGUUUCUGAUGGACAGGAACAGCAGCAUCAUGGAGUUCUACCCCAGGGGGUGGCGGGAACGCGCCGGAGCGGGGCAGUACGUCUUCCGUUGGAUGGCCGACGGGGCCGGGAUGCGGCACAGGGGAUCGUGGUGGGAUCCCCAAGGCGAGGAAUGCGAGAGUACCGAUAAGACCCCCUGCAUCCCCUUGUACAAGAACAGACAGAUUGGGCACGAUGAGGUCUACUUCGCCGGCUGGGCCGCUAAAGUUCUGGCUGAGGCGAAGGAGCACAAGUUGAAGGAGGCAUCCUACGGCAGCAGAAGCUCGGAGGUCGGAUCGACUCCCUGUCCCUGUAGUUAACCCAGGUUGUGUUAGGAGUUCCUCGAUUCAACACCAACUGUAAUCGAGAGAGACGGAUUGAGGGGAGAGACGAAUAGGGUAAGGAAAUAAUGGCAGUAACAGUGGGA